UGAUUUCUAUGGUUGAACGCGCACGUUCAUCGCAGAUAGUCUCAAAGAUGGCGGAUAAACGGCGUGGGAAUGCUGGUGUUCGAAAAAGAAAAUCAGAAAGCAAAAAAAUGACAGAACAUUUACAGUCAUGCGUUGAUUCGAGCGACGACGAAGCCCCGGACGAAGUGACGUUUGAGGAUUCAAAAGCGCUUGCUCUUCAAAGCAUGAAAGAAGCCAUCGACAGCGCCAGAAGAGAGAAGGAAUUGCUGAAGGAAAAGCGGAGGAGGAAACAGCAGCUGUUUCAGGAGCAGAAGGAAAGAAGACGUCUUCCCGAUGAAAUUCUAGAGGAAAUCGAUUCGGCUUCCACGAAAAAUCCAGAGGGACCGGAAGCAAAAGGUAGUGAAGAGGUGAGUAAAGAGGAGGAGGAGGAAGGAUCUGACAGUCAGGAGGAAGAGGAGCAGGAGAUGACGACAGUGGCAUCGGGGAAGAAGAAAAAGAAAAGAAUUAAGACACGGAGAAUAAAGGGGGGGUACUCUGUGAUGAGGCUUCAGGAUCAGCCACUCACCAGCAAGCAGCAGCAGAGAGCGGCCGAGUUCCUGCAGUCCCGUCUGUACAGCCCCCAGUCCAACCGGGCCCCUGUGAAUCACUUCCUGUCGCUGGAAAACAAACGGGGCGAGAACAAAAGCGCUGCCGUGAUGUUUGUGUCCAAGCAGUGGGGUGAGAAUCAGAAGGCAAAGGCAGCGAACUUCAAGAAACGGUGGCUCCACAAACGAGGGCUGGAGGCCAGCUGAAGACGCCCUGGAGACGGAGAGAGAGAAGCUGCUGGACUUCAGUCUCGCACAUCACGUGUCUGCUGGGGCAGGCAUUUCUUGAGGGGAGGAAGGGUGGGAACGUUUUAGCGACUCCCUGGUUCUUUGAAGUGAAAAUCCCAGAAGCGGAAGACAUCCAAGGAGGACUUAAGUCAGCUCUCAGGAUCUGAAUCAUCUUUGUGUUUUUGGUCAGGAAAAGCUUUGUUUAUUGGGCUUUUUUUCCAGAUUAAUUGUAAUACCAGUUCAGUUGAAGUCAAAUAGCCCAAACCAAGCCCUACCCAGUAACAAUUGUGACAGCAUUGUUGUAUGUAUACAGAAAAAUUGCAGAAUAAACCCAGAUAAACUGCUUUUUAUAUAUAA